AUGAAUAAACAGAAAGUUCCAGGUUUGCAUAAGAAAACGGUGAUAGGUCUCGGAGGAUCAUAUGUUUCACGCAUCAACACCAAAGCCUUCUCUUCAUCCUUUCUAAAACCAACAUUAAGAGCAAAGAACCCUCUUAGAGUCGCCGGAGCAUCAGGAGGAAGGUUCACUUGCUUUGAGAGGAACUGGCUGAGGAGAGAUCUAAACGUGGUGGGGUUUGGGCUGAUCGGAUGGCUAGCUCCGUCGAGUAUUCCGGCCAUAAAUGGGAAGAGCUUGACGGGUCUCUUCUUCGAGAGCAUAGGAAAUGAGCUCGCUCACUUCCCAACUCCUCCAGCUCUCACUUCACAGUUCUGGUUGUGGUUGGUUACCUGGCACUUAGGUCUCUUCAUCUGUCUCACCUUCGGACAAAUCGGAUUCAAAGGCAGGACCGAAGAUUACUUCGAGAGAUAAAACCAUUUCUCUA